GCACACAUUGCAGUUUGCAUAAAUAGCAGAUCAUAAAGAAUCAGAGGCAUUCUAACAGAAAGGAAGGUUCUGCACAACUGCUAAGAACUGACCAGAAGAAUGCACUCUGCCAUCUGUCUCUGUUUGAUAUUGGCCAGCCUCUCCAAUGGGCAUCAUCAGGGUCCUGAUGAACAGAACAGCACACAGCUAACUGCUAUAUAUCCAAAUAUUGGCCGUUUUGCAAUUAAAUUUAUUAGUCUGGCUUCUUCAGCCUCACCUGAUGCAAAUAUUUUCUUCUCGCCCGUCACUAUUGCAUCUGCCUUUUCCCUUCUUUCACUGGGGGCAAAAUCUGCCACACGCACUCAGAUCCUAGAAGGCCUUUGCUUUAACCUGACAGAAAUUCCAGAAAAGGAGAUCCACCGGGCACUCCAUAAUGACUUUUCCGUGCUCACUCGCUCAGAUUCUGAGUACCAACUCGAGCUAGGAGAUGCUCUUUUUUUAAGGGAGGGCCUGGAGGCAUUACCAACCUUUCUGGAUGACGUCAAGGCUUUUUACGCCGCAGAGGUGUUGCCCACGAAAUUCCAGGAGCCAAAAGAAGCCGAGAAACAAAUCAACGAUUAUAUAGAGAAGAAAACCCACGGGAAAAUUUCAGAGAUCGUCAAGGGUCUUGAUCCAGAUACCUCACUGGCUGUAGCGAACUACAUAUUCUUUAAAGGUGCCUGGGAAAAACCUUUUGAUCCAGCUCAGACAGAAGAAAGGGACUUCUUUGUGAACGAACACACAACUGUCAAAGUCCCAAUGAUGCACAGGCUGGGCUGGUUCUGGUAUUACUAUGAUGCUGAAUUGCAUUGCAAAGUGCUACGAAUGGACUACAAGGGGAGUGCCACCACAUUCUUUAUUCUGCCAGACUCCGGAAAACUCAAGCAGGUAGAGGAGGCUUUCUCAUUAGAUACUUGGACCAAAUGGGCAGUAAAGCUCCACCGUGCUACAGCAUCUGUGUUCCUUCCAAAGUUUAAUAUUUCUGCCAGCUAUGAACUAGAGGAGACCCUCAGCAAAAUGGGCAUUACUGAUGUCUUCAGUGAUCAAGCUGAUCUGACAGGAAUCACUGGGCAGCGUUUGAAAGUGGGAAAAGCUACCCAUAAGGCUGUGCUCACUGUGGAUGAGAAAGGGUCAGAGGCAGCGGCAGCCACUGUUUUGGAAGCCAUACCUAUGUCUAUGCCUCCAACCUUAGAAUUCAACAUGCCUUUUUUUGUGCUGAUGUAUGAAAGACAGACCAACUACACAUUAUUUGUUGGCAAAAUAGUAAAUCCCCUUCAGCCCUAAGUGUCAGUGAAUUCUGAAUGAAGCUUUGGAAUAAAGCAUUUUGGCAACCCAAUGU